CAGAGGAUCCGAGAAACACAAUGACUUGGAUCAAACUGCCCAAAGGAGAAGGAGUUCAGUCGUGUUAACUUCCAAGAAGCAGUUGAACUCCAGCUAUGCUGAGUAUCUCUCUUUAAUACAUGUACACAAUACCGGCUUUUUCAGUGACCAGAGAUUUUUGACACUACAAGAUAAAUCUGAAAACUUGGAGACAUACGGUUGGAAAAUGAAACAAUCCAGGAGUGUUACUGCAUCCUUAUAUUGUUGCCGUGCUGUUGCAGAUGGCAGUCAGUGAACACUGCAAUGGUGUGAAUGGUCAGUUAUUGAGAUUUUUUUCCCCUUAUAAGAUAAAACAAUUUUUAUAUAUUUUUCCGAAGUCGCGACUAUUUUGCAGCGCGUCCCCCCCCCAAAAAAAGAUAUUAACCCAAUAAUAAUUAUGAACUAUUUUCAGAUGAGCCACUACCCCUAGUUAGCUGUGGUCCCUACUCCAAUUUGCUGCCUGUGUGAAUCUCAAGAGGCUAAUACUAGACCUUGGAAAGAACGAUGAACUCUGCACGCCGCGGUUAGAUUCAGAGAGGAUAUAGGAGGAAAUCUGCUGCUCUGGUUGCCGCAGCUUGCAAAGGCUGCAGCUCUCUUUAAUCCGAAGAGCCUGGAGUGUUGUUUUUUUGUUUUUUGCUUCUUUUUUGUUUCUUGUUUGUGUAUGUGUGUGUGUGUGUGUGUGUUUUUGGGGGGGGUAUUUUUUUUUUUUAAUUUAGAAAAGAAGAAGCCAUGGAAGACGGCCCACUGCUAGAUCUGAGAGACAUCGAACUGAAGCUGGGGCGCAAAGUGCCAGAGAGCCUAGUCCGGUCGCUCCGUGGGGAGGAGCCGGGCAGGGACAGAGACCAAGACAAGGACAAGGACUUGGGCAGGGGGUGCAGCAGCAGCAGCAGCAGCAGCUGCAGCUUGUCUCCCUCUUCUUUUUCCUCUUCUUCGUCCUCCCCAGCCUCUGGCUCUCCUAGACGUAAUAACUCCAGUGCUCUGGAAAGACUGGAAACGAAGCUACAUCUUCUCAAGCGGGAGAUGGUUAACCUCAGAGCCACGGAUGUCCGGCUCAUGCGGCAGCUUCUUAUCAUCAACGAGAGCAUCGAGUCCAUCAAGUGGAUGAUGGAAGAGAAGGGUACAAUCACUAGCCGAGGCAGCAGCCUCAGCGGAAGCCUUUGCAGUUUACUGGAAAGCCAAAACACCUCCUUACAAGGAAGCUAUAAUAGCUUACAGGACGGCAGUGAUGGGUUGGAUGGGAUAUCAGUGGGCAGUUAUCUGGACACUUUGGCAGAUGAUGUCCCAGGUCACCAGACCCCCUCUGAUUUGGACCAGUUCAGUGACAACUCCCUAAUAGAAGAUUCACAGUCUUUACACAAGCAUGCCAAAUUUGAUUCUGAAUAUUAUCGUUUUGGCUAAUGAGAAGGGCUUUCUUAUGGGACUGGUGUGCAAUUAAAUUAUAUUUAUCUUCUUUCUUGGCUGCUAUUUUAUUUUUUGUGGUAAAAAUGCAAACUUUUCCAAGGAAAGCUUAUUUUAAAGUUGCUGUACAGAUCUUCAUUUGCUCCUAACAUUUCUUUUUUGGGAUUGAUUUCUUUUCCUGUCUUUCUUAAUCUCCAUUCUUAAUUUAUUGCAGAGAUUAUUUCCUCAUAGUACAUUACCACAAUUGAAGUGGGAAAAAAAGAACAAGCAAUAAACUUAUUUUUUUCUAUUUGUAAAACAUAUUCAGGGAUUACCAGUAAAAACUUUUUACUAAAUUUAAAAAUAAACUAUGUUCUGAUAUCAGCAA